UCUUCUACGUAGUGACCGACUGCCGCCAUCUUCAGCCACCACUCCAUCCACUCGACAUUGGCGAAUCUCGGGCUUCCAGUAGGGGCUUCCUGCAGAGAACAUACUCGCACAGUAAGGUGCCAGAGACGGCUUCAGGCAAUCCGCCGUUGCAACCCCGCCGCCAUGCAGUCCGCCGACAGGGACCACUUCUUCGAGACCGACGCCUCGCAGGCCCAGCGAGAGAGAAAGGCUGCCAAGGCGAGCAACAAGCAUGGCAAUCCCGUAGAAAUGAAGUCCAAGAUCUUGGCAGCCGUCUCGGAUCCCGCCUCACCCCUGGCAUCGAUAUUCAUCGCCGAGUCUGCGGGCUACGUUCGUCGCGUGAACCUUGAGUCUUCGCAAGUAACAAGCACCUACCGAGGACCUCGGGCACCGGUCACAUGUUUGGCCGUGGGGGGUGCCGAGAGCAAGACUAUCUUCGCAGGCUCAUGGGACAAGGACAUAUGGUCCUGGGACAUCGAAACAAUGCAGCCCAGACGGAAAUACAGCGGCCAUUCGGACUUUGUCAAGAGCGUCAUCACUGCCCGUCUCUCGGGUAGGGACAUCCUGAUAAGUGGCGGCGCAGACAAGAAGAUCAUGGUCUGGGACGUCGACACUGGCCGGCGGAUACAUACCAUCCAAGACCCGACGACAACAUUACUCGCCGUGCAGCAUCUUGCGACGGACCCCGUCUUGAGCACGCUCGACCAGCUCGUACUUGUCUGUGCGAGCAGUGAUCCACACAUCCGGCGAUGGAAGGUCACCGCCGAUGGGCACGAACAGAUAGCUGAGUCGUUUCAUGAUCGGCCCGACGCGGAGCGCCUCACUAUUGAGGAGCACGACACGAGUGUGUACAAGCUUCUGUUCGAGACGAACGACGAGGGCGGCGAUGUGGACCUGUGGACGGCAAGCGCCGACGGCACAGCCAAGUGUCUUGCAAGGUCUCGGAAUUUCGUGGCCGAGGACACCUUCUUGCAUGGCGACUACGUCCGUGCCGUGUUGGUGACUGAGCAGUGGGUCGUGACGGCCGGACGAGACGAAAACGUCAAGGUCUGGGACAAAGCUACGGGGAAGCUGUAUUGCACCCUCGUAGGACACUAUGAGGAGGUCACGGACAUGGUAUUACUGCAGAAUGCCUAUGGACAGCCGCAAAGUAUUUGCAGCGUUAGUAUCGACCGCACGAUUCGCACAUGGCCUCUUGCGAAGACCGAACUGGACUCUUUAGUCAAGGAGAUCGAGGAGCCACCCAAGUCAAACAGCGAAGAGAAAUCCAACGAUGGCAGUGGAGAGGGUCUGUUGACAGCGGAGGAGGAAGCUGAACUAGCAGAGCUUAUGGAUGACUAGGACUAGUAGACGAUCCGCCAAAAGGCCAAGUCAAAAAUGGCUCCGCCUGCCAAGACAGUGCAAUACUUGAAGCUUCAAGACCAGAUCAGAUGUUCGCAAACCAUCAUUCCGCCAAGAGCAGGCACGCACGUGUGGAGCGGCGGGUGCACGGCAGCAAGACAGAAGCCUCUAUAGCUUGGGUUGUCAUCGGAAAGCCUAAUAGCGAAGAGCACCCAGUGGAACGUGCAUUCAGAGCCGUUUCAGGCCGCGUGUAGGCGACAACACGAGAUGGAGCCCGAUCGUCAGCUCCCUCCCGCGUCCAUAGGUUGAGCCAUGUCUCGGCUGCCCGCGUGCAGGACAUGCAUUGCCUGCCCAGACCAACAAGCAGCGGGCGAGAAUGCGGAAGACUGUGCACAUACAUGCAGGUGGCGCUGCUACGAUACUGUUUCUUGCUUGGCGUGCUUACUCGCAACGCACACAAGCCACCGGUAGGUUCGCAGGCUCGCGCGCUCGCGCUUGGAUAGGGGCCCUGUCGCCACCCGAUGAAAUCGACGGCGGGCUUGGCUCAAGACUCAGUUGAUUGACCGCUCCGUCGGCCUUCGUGGUUCCCAGGUUACGCGUCGAAACACGGCAGAGGUGAACAAACACCAGUCGCACCCGUGGAAGCGGUGUGUUCCAAACCCGAGACGCCCUCGCCCGAGGUAACGUCUGCGUCCGUCCCGUAUAUGUCACCCUGUUUCUUUCGUGGGCUGCUGCCACACAGUCUUAUCAAGCCCGCUGCGAUGGGCUUCGUUUGUGAGCGCCGCUUUUCCCUAUCUCCCGCCCACUCAGAAUUGGCUGCCAGUGACACAUACACACACACAUCUACACACACUUUGGGAUGGUAAUGGUUGGGCUCCCGCAAGUGUGGGCCGACGGGCUGCGGGCUAGCGACUCGCCGUUUCGGACCUACCCGCGAUACCCAUGCCUGGACUGAGGAAGCAUCGGGCGCGGGCGUUUGCGUUCCCGCGUGUCAGAUACAGUGCGUGGCACCUCGAUACGAGCUUUCCUGGCGGCAAGCCGCGCG